AUGGUGUCCGACUUGAAGGUCAAGGACUAUGACAAGUCGUUCGAAGAGACUCAAUCGAAGCAUACUGCGAUCGAACAACCGGAUGAUGUCUUUGGUCCCGAGGAUAACCAUGAUAUCCAGUACAAGACUCUUAGCUGGCAGUUCGUAGCUUUCCUUAUGAUCGCUGAAAUUGUGAGCAACGGGAUGUUGUCUCUGCCGAAUGCGAUGGCAGCCGUCGGCAUAGUUCCGUCCCUAGUCUUGACUAUAUUUCUCGGAAUAUUUGGGCUCUACACUGCCAAGCUAUUAGUUAACUUCAAGCUCAAUCAUCCUUACGUGCACACUAUGGGUGAUGCCGGCUACAUCAUGUUUGGUCCAAUUGGUCGAGAGGUGUUGUCGAUCGGAACGGUGAUUUUUGCAAUCUUCAGUGCCGGCUCUGAGCUACUGUCGGGGCAGCUAGCUUUAAGCACUCUAUCUAAUGAUGGUCUUUGUGCGGUGAUACUGCUGGUCAUUUUUUCUGCAGCAACGUUUUUUAUUGCUUUGCCUCGCACCCUGGAUCGGUUGAGUUGGCUCGGUUUCAUCAGCACCGUGUCCAUUACACUGUGUGGACUGCUUGCAAUGGUAGGUGCCAAAGUCAGCGAAGUCCCCGACCGCGUCAUUGCAGCAACUGUCCCAACGAGUUUCUAUGAUGCCUUUCUCGCCGUUACUGGCCCAGUUUUUGCCUAUGCAGGACAUUUCAUGUUUUUCAUCUUAAUCUCAGAGAUGAAACAGCCACAGGACGCAAUGAAGGCUGCCUGGACACUGCAGGUCUUCGCCACAUUAUUUUACGCGAUAUUCAGCGUCGUCAUCUAUGUCUACCUGGGCAGCGAAGUCAAUUCACCGGCUUUAUUAUCGUUGUCUCCCGUCUGGUCCAAGCUUACGUUUGCCAUUGGUAUGGUCAACUUCUUGAUCUCCGGGGGACUGUAUUGUCACACAGCCGCCAAGCUGGUCUUCGUCCGCAUUUUCCGACGUUCGCGACACCUCUAUUCUCACACUAUGCUCGGGUGGUCGACCUGGAUUGUUUUGUGCUUCGUGAGCACGGGUCUCGCCUUCAUUUUCGCUGGCGCAGUGCCGAUUUUCUCUGAUCUCGUCGGUAUCUCUGCAUCCGUUUUCGCCUCAUGGUAUACAUACGGCAUCGCGGGGUUCUUUUGGCUGUACGAUGCCUUCUACCUCGAAGGUGGUGCGCCCGCACUGCGACGGAGAUGGGUGGGUACGCUACUCGCUGUUCUAACCAUCCUGUCUGGCGCAUUUAUAUGUGUCGCGGGUACCUAUGUUUCAAUCAAGUUGAUUGUGGAGGCAUACGCUAGCGGAGCUGUCGGCAAGCCGUUUGCUUGCUAG